AGGUUAAUUAAUCAGUUAUGUCUACUGAUUUUGUGACGUGUUCCAACAAUGCCGAAUCAAAUAACUCUGUUCCAGAAACCGAUAAUGAGGUUUUAGAAGCAGACCUGGAAGAGAAACAGCGCUUAAUCAAUCAAAUUUUAGAGCUUCAACAUACACUUGAAGAUUUAUCGACACGAGUUGAUGCUGUGAAAGAGGAGAAUUUAAAAUUACGUUCAGAAAAUCAAAUACUCGGUCAGUAUAUUGAAAAUAUGAUGGCCAAUUCAUCUGUUUUCCAGUCAACAUCUCCACCUACAGAUGGGAAUAGAUCACGUGCGAAUAAUAAUAAUAAUAAUAA